AUGAGGCGUUCGUUAAUCCUUCGAAUCCACGACGCAGUCAUCGAACAUGACAAGUACUUCGUCCAAAAGAGGAAUGGUGCUGGACAGUUAGGACUAUCUAGUCUUCAAAAGAUUACUGCAGCUAUGCGGAUGCUCGCAUAUGGAGCAUCCGCUGACUCCGUUGACGACUACGUUCGGAUCGGUAAAAGUACGUCGCUUGAGAGCGUGAAGAGGGUCGUUCGAUCGAUUAUCAACAUCUUUGGAGAGGAAUACCUUCGUGCACCGACUAAUGAAGACGUUGCACGCCUGCUCGAGGAAGGCUCACAACGAGGUUUUCCUGGUAUGCUUGGGAGCAUCGACUGCAUGCACUGGACAUGGAAGAACUGUCCAACUGCCUGGCAAGGUAUGUAUACUGGACAUUUUCAUGAACCCACAAUUAUUUUGGAGGCCGUAGCUAGCAAAGAUCUUUGGAUAUGGCAUGCCUUCUUUGGACUGCCGGGGUCUCACAAUGACCUUAAUGUUCUACAUCGUUCACCGGUUUUCGCACAACUUGCGGAGGGAAGAGCUUCACCGUGCAACUAUACUGUCAAUGACCACGAGUAUAAUAUGUGA